AUGUGCGAUAUUGCUGCUGUAUCAGAUGCGAGAAAUCGACCGGGUGUAUUCGAUUGGAAAGGUCGUGAAAAGUUUGAUAGUUGGGCGAGAUUGGGCAAUGCGGUGUCGAGAGAGGAUGCGAUGAGGGGAUAUAUCAACAAGGUGCACGAACUGAACCUGGGAUGGCAACCGUCGAAGAAGUAUACGAGUGGAUUCGGCAUAAGGCCGAGCACUUUGGCAAAUUCAACAUCUGACGAGGAUAUCGAAGGUGCUUCUGGGCUACGUUCAGAUGUAAUCGAAUGGUUUUCGGCGGUUAGUAUGGGCAACUUAUCGAAAGUUUCCGAGAUGUUGAAAGCAAAUAAUGAGUUGUUGGUGGAACGCGAUGAGAAUCAGGUGACAGCAAUGCACCACGCAGCUGACCGAGGCAAUGUUCAGAUGAUCGAAUGCCUUCUGCUGGCCGGAGCCGAUAUUAGUAUUCAAGACUACGACGGCCAAACACCACUUCAUUACGCAGUUUCAUGUUCGCAUCGUGAUGCAGUCGAAGCACUGCUGAGGCACGGUGCCGAUCCGACAAUCGCAGAUUUUGAGGGUAAUUGUGCAGUUGACAUAGCGACUGAUCAAAAAAUUAAGGAUGCGCUUUAUGAAGUCUGCCAGACACAUCGGUGA